AUGCCGUCUGAAAAGUCGAUUUAUCUUCCGAACGCGACUUUAAGUCGAAAUGCAUACAUUUCUAGUAUGGAGGAGUACUUGAAAUUCUAUCGGGAAUCGCUCGACAAUCCAUCUGAAUUCUGGGGUCGGAUCGCCAAACAAUUUCACUGGGAGACUCCAGCUGAUGCGAAGAAGUUUAUGCAGUACAACUUCGACCCCACAAAGGGUCCUGUCCAGAUUAAGUGGAUGGAGGGUGCUUCGACAAAUAUUUGCUACAAUUUGCUAGAUAGGAAUGUAAAAAAUGGAUUAGCUGAUAAUAUCGCAUUUUAUUGGGAAGGAAACCAUCCAGAGGAUUACUCAAAAGGACUGACUUAUAGAAAAUUACUCGAGGAAGUAUGCCGAUUUGCUAAUGUCUUGAAAGAUCAUGGAGUUAAAAAAGGAGAUUGUGUUGCUCUCUACAUGCCCAUGAUAUUAGAGUUGCCAAUUGCCAUGUUGGCAUGCGCGCGAAUUGGUGCUAUACACUCUAUUGUUUUCGCUGGAUUUUCAUCUGAUUCUCUAGCUGAAAGGAUGCAUGAUUGUAAGGCUAAGGUCCUUAUAACGGCAGACGGUGCUUGGCGGGGAGAAAAGCUAUUAUACUUGAAGGCUACCUGUGAUGAGGCUCUACAUAGAUGUGAAGAAUUGGGCCACAAAGUGGAAACCUGCAUUGUAGUCUCACAUUUAAGACGAGUGACACCAUGUGUAGAGGACACUCCGGAAGAGGAUAUUCCAAUGACAGAUGACCGUGAUUUUUGGUGGCACGAAGAAAUGGAGGAUAAAGAGGCCGCAUGUUACCCAGAGUGGAUGGCUGCAGAAGAUCCGUUGUUUAUGCUUUACACAAGUGGUUCUACAGGCAAACCUAAGGGGGUGUUACACACGACAGCUGGGUAUUUAUUGUAUGCCAGCACAACGUUCAAAAUCGUAUUCGACUACAAGCCAGGUGAUAUUUAUUGGUGUACAGCCGACAUUGGUUGGAUUACUGGCCAUACUUAUGUUGUAUAUGGUCCUUUAGCAAAUGGUGCUACGUCUGUGAUGUUCGAAGGCACUCCUUUUUAUCCUGACAAUAGCAGAUUCUGGCAAGUUAUCGAAAAAUACAAGGUUUCUCAGUUUUACACGGCGCCAACAGCCAUUCGUGCUUUAAUGAAAUUCGGAGAAGAGCCAGUGAAAAAAUGCAACCUUUCAACCUUGAAAGUUCUAGGAAGUGUUGGUGAGCCAAUCAAUCCGGAAGCAUGGCUUUGGUACUAUCGUUAUAUUGGACAAGAAAAGUGCUCAAUUGUUGACACUUUCUGGCAAACCGAAACAGGAGGUCAUGUCAUUACUCCACUUCCAGGUGCAACGCCGAUGAAGCCAGGAUCCGCAUCGUUCCCAUUCUUCGGAGUGAAACCAGUGUUACUUGAUGAAAAUGGAACAGAAAUAAAGGGAGAGGGAGAGGGUUAUUUAGCAUUUUCACAACCAUGGCCAGGAAUGAUGCGAACACUCUAUAAUAAUCAUCCCCGUUUCGAAAAUACGUAUUUUUCAAAGUUUCCAGGGUACUAUUGUACAGGAGAUGGUGCUCGUCGUGACUCUGAUGGCUACAUUUGGAUCACUGGUCGUGUAGAUGAUAUGUUGAAUGUUUCCGGUCAUUUAAUGUCAACUGCCGAAGUAGAAGCAGUUCUCACAGAACAUGAUCAAGUUUCGGAAGCUGCUGUUGUCGCCAGACCACAUCCAAUUAAAGGACAAUGUCUAUAUUGUUUCAUAACACCAAAUCAGAAUGAAGUUUUCAAUAAGAAGCUAAUAGAUGAACUAAAGCACUUAGUGCGGGAAAGAAUUGGGCCAUUCGCUCAACCAGACGUAAUACAAAAUGCUCCCGGACUACCGAAAACGCGUUCAGGCAAAAUUAUGCGCCGUGUACUUCGAAAGGUAGCUGUGAACGACCGCGAUGUAGGCGAUAUUUCUACCCUAGCUGAUGAAGCAGUUGUAGAGGAAUUGUUUGCGAACCGGCCUAAAGAAGCAAAAUAAACUGCUUGAAAUUUGAAUAAUUUUUAGUUUUAGAAUGCACCUCAAAGUAACGGUAAUGUAUUGUAAUAUUUAGUGUUUGUGAAAUGAAAGGUACAAGCUAAGAGCUAACAUGAAAAUAUCCCAAUUUGCAUUGUUUAUAUUUAUGAAUUUGAAGAUAGCCUUGAAAUAUAGUAAGAUGAAUAUCAAAGACUUGGGAGUGAAGGUCCUUUUACUGGCCUGGCAGAAACCCUUGUUAUGGGUUCAUAUCAAAUUUGAUAUUAGUUUAUCAUAAGUGGCCAUAUAACAUAGCGUAAUAUGAAUUAAAAUAGAAACACUCCACAAUUCAACAUUUUUCUCAUAUUCUUAGCUAACAAGUUGAGCUUCCCUUAUUCAAAAAAUAUGUAAAUUUAUUUUUGUAUUACUGGAAUUUUCACCGCAUUUUGUUUAAAUUGUUAUAAAUCCACGCUAUCUUAAUGGCAUAGAACAAGUAAAAAUGUUUUUUAUAUUAUAGAUAUACGCAAUGUAUAUUCAGAAAGUAUAAAGUCCGAUGAAUUACUCGAUUGUCACUCUGAUCAGACAGAGAAAUAUUAGAGGAGCUUAAAUACGAUUGAUUGAAAAUUCCCUUAGAAACAAUACUGCUUUAUGACAGCUGAUACUGUAAUCUAAAUAUUCGAAAUAUCUACAUGCACGUGCUUGUACUAGACAACGGAGCAAAACAAAAAUACCGUGAUUAUAUCAAAAUUUACUUUUCUGAGAAAAACGCAGAUAAGAAACACACCUCCAAAGAACCAAUUGAUUAUUUAAUCGUUACGACUUUGAGAGCAUUAUCUUUAGAAUAUAUAAUUAUAUUAUUUUUAUAGAGAAGUCUAAGACAAAUUACUUACUAGAAAGUAACUCUCGAUGUAUAUUUUGUUGUUCAGUUUUUGAAAUUCAAAGGGUGAUAUAUUAUUUUUGUACACAUGUUUGUUAUCAAAUGCACACUCUACAUUAGAUGAAUCUUGCAUAUAUUAUACAUAUAAAUGGAACAAUCUAGAAUUAGAAUGUAUGUGCUUAGAUAUAUCAUGUGGGUGGAUUAUGCGCCUGUGAUUAAGGUGAUAUAUCAGAUUUCCGCCAACGGGGUUAAUUUACGGCUAAAUUCUGAACGUUUAAAUUUUACUUAUGCUCAGUAAUUGAAAGGAGUCACACAACGAUAGAACACGGCACAAUAUUAUAUUUUUAAUUCUCUAUGAAAUGAGAAGUUAAUUAUAUUAAUAUUAUAUUUAGCCAUUUCUGCACAAAUUUCAUUUUAAAAUACUCGAGCAUAAUUCAAAUUGGAAAAUGUGCAAACCACACUUACAGUAAACAAACAACCUAUAUGUAGUUGUUGUUUUCUUUUCAACAUUUUGAAAUACAAAUUUUUCGUUAUGUUUAGUUUAACAAGUUGUAGUUCAAAUAUGCACGCCUUAGAAAUUCUAUCAUUCCUUCAUAUUUAAUGUUCAGACAUACAAACAAACUUCAUAAUUUAGUUUUUAAGUGACACGUACCUACAUAGGUAAAUGUACCUAAUGCUAUUUAUUUUUGUAACAACAACAAUUUAUUUUAUUUUUGUGAACAUAAAAGUACGCGCUCACAUGGAAGA